AUGAAAGGUCUGACGCUCGAGCUGGACAUCAGCAACGACGCGGGAGGGGGAGGCGGAGGACGCGGCGCCGGCGUCGGCGUCGGAGGACGUCGCGCGUCGCGCGCGUCGUCGUCGUCGUCGUCGUCGCGGCGGCGGUCCGCGGGGGCCGACGAGUUCAGCGCGCGCGUGAAGCUCGACCUCGGCGCGGCGGCGUUUCCGGCGGCGUCGUCGGCGGUCGAUCCCGCCGUCCGACGCCACGCGACCGGCGGCGGGUGGCCGAUGGGAAGCGGCCCGCCGCGCGGGGUGAUGUGCGGCGGCGGCCCCUGCGGUACAUCCGGCGCGUGGUCGCUCGAGCUGCGACGCGCGACGCGCGACUCCGUGCUCGGGUUAGAGCGCGGGCUCGCGCGGCUCGGCGGACGCGACCUGCGGUGCUUAGUCUCGCUGUCGCUGCGAAACGGCGGCAAAGGGCUCGGCGACGACGGCGUCUCGCACCUCGCGCGCGCGCUGCGCGACGCCGUGCCGCGCCUCAAGUCGCUGUGCCUCGCCGGGAACGACGUGGGCGUCGACGGCGCGAAGGCGCUGAGCGAGGCGCUCGCGGGGAGGACGCGAGCGGACGCGAGCGAGGACGUCGUCGGCGGCGUCGCCGUCGGCGGCGUCGCGCUCGAAGAGCUCGACCUGAGCGGCAACUCGAUCGGCGGCGAGGGCACGUGCGCGCUCGCGGACGCGCUCAACACGACGGGCUGCGCGAAGCUCCGCGCGCUGAACCUCGCGAGGUGCGCGAUCGGCGCGCGCGGCGCGGUGGCGAUCGCGGAGAUCAUCCGCGGGCAGUCUCGACGCGGCGGCGACGGGAGCUUCGCGUUGACGGACGUGGACGCGUCGCAGUGCGGCAUCGGCGACGUCGGUGCGUCGGCGCUCGCGAGCGCGAUCGACGACGCGCGCGCGGAGGCGGUCGAGCGCGUCGUGCACGGCGCGAACGCGUGGUCGUCCGGGAGCGAUUUCAUCGACGGGAUGACGGCGGCGGCGGCGGCGGACGACGACGGAUUCGGAUUCGGACUCGGAUUCGGACGCCGGCUCGGAGAGGAAGCCGCGGGGCCGUCGAGGGGGCUUCGCGGGUGCGGGUUCGGCGCGCUGAAGCUCGGGUUCAACGGGAUCACCGGCGUCGGCGCGACCGCGCUGUCCGGCGCGCUGAGGCGCGCGCAGGACGUCUCGAACCUCGACGCGCGCGUCGAGGUCCGCGGUCAGCCCGGUCCAAGUCCCGGUCCCGGAAGCGCGCCGUCGCCUCCUCCUCCUCAUCUUCCCCGCGCACGCGGGACGAUAAGCCGCUCGUCGCGCCGCGCGGUCGUCCGCUCGCUCGACCUCAAGUGCAACGCGCUCGGCCCCGAAGGCGUCGUCGCCAUCGCGAACUGCCUCGACGCCGUCUCCGACGAGCUCGACGUCUCCAACAACGACGGCGGCGACGCUGGCGCCAAGGCUCUCUCGAGGGCGCUGAAACGCGAUCCUCCGCUUCGGUCGCUGCGGCUCGCCGCGAACGACGUCGGGCCCGAGGGCGCGUGGUGGAUCGCGGACGCGCUCGGCGCGAACGACGACCUGCGAGAGCUGGACGUGAGCUCGAACCCGCGCGUGGGCGACGGCGGCGCGCGCGACGUCGCGGAGGAGCUCAAGGCGCGUUCUAUCUCACACUGGUCCCCAUACGGCCGCGUUGGCGUGGUGAACGCCGAUCCUUAA